UGCUUUUACAGGUCACUUGCUCAGACAUCUAUGGCGUCCGCCGUAGCCAGUGCGGUUUGUUUAGCCUUCGUACGUGAAAUGUAAAUAAGCAUACUCGUCCCUCAGCGCUCCACGGCCACUCGACGUGUUCGGUGGUGGUGGCGCAAGCGAUGGCAACCGUUUGGCAACAAGUCCUCGCCAUCGACGCCCGCUACAACGCCUACAGGUCGCCGAACGACCCCAACUUUCGCACACUGUACAUACGAAGACGGAGCCAGCUGCUCAGGGAGUCACAAAAGAAUGAGCAAUGCGUCGCAUUCCGCAAACAAUACCUGCGCCUCCGAAGCCAGCUGCUUGCUCAACGGUAUGGCGUGUCCGUCGACCAAUCGAGCAAUCGAAGCCGGAGCAUGGGUGGCCGGAGCAACAGUCGGGCAACACUUGAGGAACUGAGUGUGUCCAAAAUUUCUCUCAAGACAUCGGACUCGUCAGAGAGUCGCCUGCAGGCAAGCGGAGAACUCUCUCGCCGCGGCUCCUUUGGCAACCAGCGCUCCUUGACCAACGAAGGGCUGGUACCCACGUAUGCUGCUGAAGCCAGUCGUGCCAUUGUUGGCGGUACAAGCAUCUCGGAGAACUAUGCGUUCGCGGGCGUCCACCACAUCUUUGACCAGCACCGCGAUGCCGUGACCUCCGUGCGGUUUGCAAACAACGAGAAGUACUUGCUGGGCUGCUCGUCUGCGGAUGGGAACCUGUCCAUUUGCCGGUUGGACCCACCCUGCGUGCUUUACAUGCUCGAGGGGCACCAUGGCAAAGUCACUGGCUUCGAGUGGUCUCUCUCCAACGACCUCUUGGUGUCUGGGUCCCUGGACAGCACAGUGCGGCUCUGGGACGCUAAGAAGGGAAGCUGCGUGCGCACGGUGCCCGAUCCAGCCGGGGCAGCCAUCCUGUCGUGCGUGUUCCAGCCAGCUAACAACAACAUGGUGGUUACAGGAAAUGACAAGGGUCUUGUCCAGGUGCUCAACAUUUCCACGGGCAUCUACCUCAAGGGCGGCAGUAGCCAGACCACUGGCUGCGUCCUCUGCCUAACCUUUGAGCCGACGGGCAAGAUGCUGUGGGCCGGCGACGACCGGGGCUACAUUGUGUCCUACCUGUUCGACCUUCCCACCGGAAAGCUGACCAAGGGAAAGCGGAUGGUGGUGGCCGAAAACUGCCCAAUCACGUGCCUCUCGGCUCGCCAGUGGGCAAGCCGCGAAGCAAGGGACCCGUCGGUGCUGGCCAACUGUGGCCUCAUCAAUGCCCUCCUCCUCUACAGUGUGCAGGGCUCGGAUGGCAGCCUGGCACUCAAGCGCAAGUUCCACGUCAAGCAUCGGUGCCGUACCCCAGUGCGAAGUUCCUUCUGUCCCAUCAUGUCAUUCCGGCAGGGUGCUUGCAUCGUGACUGGCAGUGAAGACCAGUGCGUCAACUUCUUCGACGUGGAGCGUGCAAAGCCGCUGCUCAACAAACUCCAGGGCCACUCGGCGGCAGUCCUCGACGUCUGCUUCAACUACGACGAAUCUCUACUGGCCUCAAGUGAUGCGCAGGGGAUGGUCAUCCUUUGGAAGAGGUCUUCGGCCUGAUGCCAAUCCCUCUUGUCUUGCCAACGAGUUGCCUCAGUUGAAGAGGUUACAGCAGUAUUUGGUUGGGCUUAGUUUAGUGUCGCACAACCCGGUGUAUAGCUGGGUUGAAUGGCACAAGACAGUGAUGUGCAUUGAGAACACUACAGGCUGAAUACAACUGUAAGAAUCCUGUGCAAUAAUUAUGCAGUGCCAGUAGCAUAGUGCAGUCGUAUGUGAAUGGGGUCUUAUUACUGGCAUGGAGCCAGUGACUGCGCCCAAAGUGUAAACUUUGACCUCGUUUCUCAGCAUACGCUGCAUAAUUUUCUUGUAAAGCCAGCCUCACAGCAAUUUGAAGCAAGAGUAGCCCAAUUUAGCAUUUGAAUGCUAACUGUGGUAGAUGCAGGACCACUACGUGCGUUAGAGCGCGACUCCUUCCACAACACCAACAACUUCAUGGUCGUUGGCAGACCUAAGCCUGUGUCUGUGCUACUGGCUCUUAAGAGGAAGCUUUAGCUCGGCCCCAACUUCGACAUCGCCUAUGCAGAUACAUGUAUAAUGCAGAAAUGCUUUUCAGAAACAACCCCUUGGCCGACUUUAAUGAUAUUUGGUACAUUUGAGAGAAAAAGGUUGAAUUCUAGCGACUCUUGGAAGCAAAAUUUUGAUUGAUAGCUUUCAUUGUUUUGCGAAAAUUGCGGUAAACUUGUAAGUUAAAAAAAAAAAGCACGAAGUUUACAAGUUCGUAACUCUGCACCAAAAAUAGAUACUAUUUCAGUUUUGUAAACUGCAUCCGUCAGAACAUCUAAAGCAGACAGAUUUAAUAUAUUAAUUUAUAUCUUACAUCAAUUUGUAACAAUGUUUACGAAAGUCUUGAAGAAGUCAUACUCACAUAUUAGAGGUGCAUAUGAGAGCCAUGUAUAAUAACAUCAAAUGUCUGCUUUAGAUGUGCUAUUAGAUGCAAUUUACAGAAUUUCAUUUACAGUUUUUCAUUGUUGAGGCACAGUUUCGUAAACUUGAUAGUUUCGUUUUCUGAAAGUUUGCAAUAUUCAACAAUUUUUAUUUAGGAAUUGAUGGCUUAAAUAAUGAAUCUGCUUCCACCAGUCACUAGAUUUAAAUUUUUCUUUUAAAUGCAACAGACUUCAUCAAAUUCGGUGCAGUGGCUGCCGAAAAAAAAAACAAUUUCUCCUUUCCCGUGUAUUUAGAUAGAAGCUGCCGAGCUAAAGCUUCCUCAUAAUGCCAUCACUUGUUGACCAUGAAUUCAUUGUAGUUACUGUUGAGCCUUCUUUCUUGCCUUAUUACUUGUGGUGUUUGCUUAUGUCCUGUGCUGUAUGCAGUGCCAUCGCCUGCAAUUGCAUAUUUUGCCUUUAUAAUGCAGCAAAUGCUUUGUGUCAUUACUUGUCUUUGACUAUUCAGAGAAUUCUUUGCGUGGUCACAGGCUACAACUCUUGAGCUGGCAGGGGCCACAUUCUGAAUCCCAUCCCGGCAGACGCGAUCCCCAUACAGGGAGCCUCCGUGGGUGCUACCGUGCGGAGUCAGUCUCCAUAAAAAGAAUAAUUUAUUUAAAUGAUGGCUCCAGGCCUCUUUGGGCAAGUGGUUAGGGGAAGGGAGCUAAGUAUCCAUGGAAGCACUCCCCCACAAAGGCAAUUUUAACGCGACAGCGUUAAGGAGCUCGUGUCGCAGAAAAGCCGAUGUCGUCGGCGGCGUUGGCCGUGAGCGAAAAAUCCCGGAAGGCAAUUCAUAAAUAAAAACUUGCAAGAUGGGCUGGGUGGAAAUCGAACCAGGGUCUCCGGAGUGUGAGAUGGAGGCACUACCGCUCAGCCAUGAGUUCGAUGGUUCAAAGCGGGACAAAAGCGCCUCUAGUGAAUGCGGUGUCGCCUUAGAAACAUGCCGUAGAAAGUUAUACUGCGGUGUAUAUUGGUAAUUAUGAGCAUGUAAAUUACAGAAGUCGCAGUUAAACGAGUAGCGAAGUACGUUUCCGCUACAUUUCUUCUGCGCUUGACGCACACGCAGAGCCAUCUUGCGGCAAACACAGAAGGCCCCCUCAUCACAAUGCACGGCACUGCCCCGACAGGUGACGCGCCACUCGCCCGCUUCUCCCCUUCGUCUCGUCAAGAGCAUGCCGAGCGAAUGAGUGGGCGGUGCGAACGGGGUGUGAUAACGCUAUCGCGUUCCACUCUUGAAGGCAAAGCUUAAGUGUCCUCCAAUUUUUUUUUUUGUUGUUGUUGUUAUGAAAAAAAGGAGAGCUUGGAACCCUUAUUGGUACUGGCUACUCCUUUUUGCAGGUUAAACCAUAGCUAAAAGCACAGAAAUACACUGAAGACUUGGCAGGGAUUGCCCAUGGAGGCAAUUCCUGCAAAGACAGUCUCCAUGGAUGCAACCAUGCAAAGACAAUCUCUGUAGAUGCAAUCACCGUAUAGACAAUUCGCACGGUGGACAUCCCCACGAGGUCACCCCUGUGGAGACAGUUUUCAUUAUCGCAUUCACACGGAGGCGAUCUCCAUACAUGCAACAAUGCGGAGAUUAUCCCAGCAGAGGCAGUUUUCCCACAUUCAAUCUCCAUGGAGCCGAUCCCCGUGGAAGCAUUCAAUGCAGAGACAGUCCCCAGGGCAUGGUUUGAUUGGCCGACACAGUGAAAGCACGAGAGGAGGCUUUACUGUCCUCUACUGUGAAAGCAGCAGGACCCAUUCAUGUCUUUCAUUAUGCACAUGCACACCAACAGUGUAGCCUUGCCUUGAUUAAAAUCGCACUCUGCACUAACUUUUCCUCCAACAGGCCUGUUACUAAUGGCAAUGUUGCACCGUGACUGUGCAAUGCAUCAUGACCAAAUAUGAAAUGCCUGAAUAAAAUGAGUUUUACAGGUGGCAACUGCUUACAAGCUAGCAAAGCAAUUGAACAAUAAAUUUUAUGGCCCUAUCUUCCAUACAACUGUGCUUGAGACCACCUUCUGAUGCUGCAUUCCAUAACAGAAGUUUGUACAGACGCUGCAAGCAGUAGAUCAUCUGAGAGCUUAGUAGAGUUGCUUGCUUGGCAUGUUGGUAGGUUAACGUUAAAAAAAAAAAAAGAGAAGGACAGCAAAGAGUGAGUGCGCACCUUGAAUUGUAAGUCCAGUGCUUGUCCAUUAUUUCUUGUGUUUUCAUUCCGUGUUAUUUUACUCGUUGUUUUCAUGUUCAACAGGGACCGAAGUGCCUCGAGAGACCUUAGAGGUCAUAUCAUGCACCUCUAUGUCCCUGCCAUUAAUGGUCUGUGCAUCAGAACUUCUAAGUUGAAUUUGAAUCAACCAAUCUGUUUCAGCUAGUUGGACCACACUGCUUGGGGAUUGUCUCUGUAAGAACAGGAAUCAGAAUGUGACCUCAGUAUAAUCAGCCACAUCCAACUUCUUAUAGCAGCAGACUCGAGCAGUAUUACACUGUGGAUUGUUGUUCUAGUGUACAUUUAUGCAUUCCAGUGUACUAAAUGUGGAAAUGUUGAUGGACACCUGUUUUAUUGUUAUCAUUAAGCAUAAGCAUUAAAUUGCAUUGUUUUAUCUAGCAUUGUAUUAUAUACCAGCCGUGGAGAUUAUAAUUGUGUACAUAUGACCUGCCAGGAUGUUUUACUGUUUGCCAAAUCUUGUCAAGUUGAUUUUGUGUAGAGGCCUAGGUAGAGGCUCACUAUGUUCAGACCCUCAACUCGUAAAAGGGGGCAAGCCAUUUUGAACCAGCAUUUAUCUUGAACUUAAAAUGCCUGUAUAGAUCAGUGUUUCACGUAGACUGCCUGUGAUGGGACAUGCUGCUUGCAUUCAGAGAAGUUUAAGGGACACUAUAGGAGGUACACUAUUUGAGCUCUACUAUUAGUAAAUUACCCAGUAAAACUUGUCACUGGGCUAGUUGACUCCUAAUGCUUAGGGAAUAGGUACGGCAUAAAGCAGAUAAGGACGAGGAGGCAGACACACAGUCUAGCACAAACUUGGAUUACCAAGGUCGUGGAUUUUGACUGCCUCUGCUCUGACCUAGUUAACAACUUUUUUUCGGCAAAGGCUGACUGGAUUGUAUUCUAAAAGAGCCAAGGACCGAACUUUGAAAAUUUCGAAAACUUUACUGCAUCGAGAACAGCCCCAAAACGAGAAACUACCUUGAAAUCCGUGAUGUCACGCUGACAUACUGGCGCUGUGGUUCCGGCGGGAAAUAUUUAAAAAAUGUUAGCUCUAACCUUCGUUUUCUCUUCUAAUAAUCAGCCUCUUACUGUGAAACUAACGGAAGUAGUGCUUUGAAAGUGUACCUUAUCAGGCUAAGCUGAUUUUGUGUGUCCCUCUGCUUUUGAGUUCCCACCGUCACACUUGUAGUGUGCGCGAUCGAAAAUGUUACCAGCGACACCUUGUUGCUGUGUAGUUUGUAAAGCCCAAGUCGUCUAUGUGCUGAACAUUGGUCACGACAGUGCAACUCAUGGGAAAAGCAUGUCACCCUUCAACUUGCAUCUGCUUGUGAUUGUAGGUGUAAACAGUAUUGUUGAAGACGCUAGCUUUCCAGGAUGUUCACUCAAUCAAGAUGAAUUCAAUUGAGAGUUUUCUCAUACAUUUUCAUGGUCCAUACAUGGACAACUGCUUUACUGUGAUGAAUGAUCCAACUGUGGAGACCUCGUUAAGGGCUUACUGGAUGUCUUGAAGUCAGGUCAAAUGGACGGGUCAUUGUUUCUUUUUUCACUACUUCGUUAAUUUUUCUUCCUUUUUUCUGAAUGACUCAUAGUCCUGGAUCCUUAAUGCUGAAAUGUGCUUUUAUUCAUAAUUGAAUUACUCCCCAACUUGAUAGUUGAGGUGAAAUGAGUUCACGAGAGCUCGCAGUUGUGUUCAAGCACUGUUUAAACCCUAAAAAAGAAAGGUGGGAAAAGUUACGAGUAAAACUGCAGCACAAGAUGCUAACUCUCUGUGAAAUUUCAGUGCAGACGAGCCCAGCAGUAUAGCUGGAAAAGCCCUUUCUACCUUUGUCCUUCAUUUAUGCAAUAGUUAGUGUACGAUAAAGCCAGCCAACACCCUGGAUUUUUUUUCUUAGAGUAACGCGUCUGUUGCCAUUAUGGUGCAACACAUUUGCGAAGGUUUGAGAAACAGGAACACACCGAUUAAAAUCUGUAGGGGCUCUUGAAGUGAGGCCAUUAAUUUUUUUUUACUCAUUGGGGCACUGGAAUGCCGUGAUUUGGGUGCGAUCCACACAGGAUCUGUUGCAACUUGGCAGUUGUGCCUGUGGGUAUGCAAAUGAUACUAGUGAAUUGCUGUCAGUGAUGCACAAACUUGAGAGGUUGAGUGCCGCUCUUUUAGAUGCCAAGAAGUGCUCCCCUCGAUGGCCACAUUCUGGUCUCUGGUUACUGUGAUCUGUACACAUAGGUGAAAGCAGAUUGUAUAGACCUUUGUAGCAGUAGUUAGCAACAUUCCGUCCGGAUUUAGUCAAUAAAGUUACACGCUUAGCCAUC